ACUGCGCUGCGCCCUUGUUGCUGUUGUAAAAAUGAGGAAAUAUCAAACCCGUCAGAAUUUGCCGGGUUCAGCUACUAUGUCCCUAGCUAUACACUCCCCCACCCCCUACCCCAACAUAACCCCAUACCCUACUACCAUGGCCCUCUAUGUUCCCCUCCUAUAAAACCCAAUCUUUAUCUAGGCAAGACCUAACAACAACUUUCUCCAGUUUCUUGUCAAUUCGUUGCUCUUAUUGUUUAUUUGAAAUUUUCUGAGACUCUACAAAACGAGAAAACAAAAUGCAGGUAGUCAAGGAGUCAUCAUCUGGCAUGAGGAUGGUCAGAGAAUCAAGAAUGGAGUCGGUUUACGAGAGGGUUCGCUUUUUGGUCUCGGGUAAUGCGGUAGUUGUUUUCACCAUGAGCGGUUGUUGCAUGUGUCACGUUGUUAAGCAGCUUCUCUUCGGGCUCGGUGUGGGCCCCACGAUCGUCGAGCUCGAUAAGGACGCUGCUGGCAGGGAAAUUCACGCUUUGCUUUUCCAACUUGCGGGGGACGGCCAGCAGCAGCCAGUGCCGGCCGUCUUCGUUGGUGGAAAAUUCUUGGGUGGAAUUGAAACAGUUAUGGCUUGUCAUAUAAAUGGUACCCUUGUUCCUCUUCUUAAAGAAGCCGGAGCGCUCUGGCUUUGAAUUCACUCACUUGAAAUCGUGAAUCCAUUUUUCACUCCAACAAAAUUACUACUUUAUUUAAGGGAGACAAAAGAGUUAGAAUAGUGUCUAAUAUAUUUCUAGAGGCUCAUUUUGUGUUUUCUUUUUCGUUUUUUCGGUUGGGGAGGGAAGGGAAAAAACAGGAAAUUAGAGUUUGUUGUAUUUUAUAAUCACUUGCUCUAUAUAUUAUCUUGGAUUUCAAUAAAUUAUUAUGCUUUUACA